GCCGGCGCACCGUCCUCCGCCUUCGCUUCCGCCCACCUUUCUCCCUCCACGCGAGCGUCUGCGUCUGCGUCUGCGACGAUGGCGGCGCAGAUGAUCAUUCGGGCGUCCGGCCGGGUCUCCGCCGUCGCCCGCAACGUGACGGUCGCCGCGCUCAAGGUGGAGGUGGCCGCCGCCGGCGCCACUGCGGGCCACUACGCGACGCACGGCGCCUUCCGCGCGCUCGCCGUCGCAUGCGGGGCGCUUGGGCUCGUGGGGGGCGCCGCCUACCUCUGCUACUCCAGGGGCGUCGGCUUCACCAAGUACCUCCUGUCCCCCGCUACUACGUCCAAGGCGACUCGACACGACCGUCAAAGGGCCAACGCGCAAAAGGCGGAGUGGAGAGGAACGCGUCUCCGCUCUACACGGGAGAUCCGACGCUUGACCAGACAUUAGGACGGGGUUACUUACAGACAGCUUUUGCACAGAGGUUCGGAGUAACUACUGAUGGGAUUAGGUUUUCACUAAGUACGGGAUAGUUUCGUGUGACGGAUUGAGGGUAAAUGAAGACAUAGAGGAGGCCUAUUAUUGUUGAUAGUGUGCCGUUUAUACUACGUAUCUAUUAUCUGUUUUGUCAUUUGUGCGUACAAGUACUUGAUUCCUGGGGAUGCUCUCUAUUAACCUGAUGUCUUUUUUUUUUCCAAACGACCAUAUAUUGGCCGGAUUUCAUUACCCAAGGAUAACGAAACAGAGUAUCAUGUCCAGGCAUGAGAAAACAAGUAACAGCUAAUUAAACUAUUACAGUCGCCGCCUAAUGAUGUCUCUGUUUCUACAAGUACUUGAUUCCUAGGGAUUCUGUCUAUUAUCCCUAAGGCAUAUGACGAAACUUGGUCCUAUGUGAUAUAUGUUUGAUGGGUAUGGUCAUCCUUGUUUUGCA